CAAUGAGAACAUACUUUAUUAUUAUCUUGUUGAUAGCAUUAGCAACCUCAAAGAGACUUGAAAUUCUAAGCAAAGUUUAAAAAAAUCAAAUUCAUGUAAAACAAUAUUUUAUAUCAUUCAACAGAAGGAAUAAAAUGAAAAAUUAUCUUAUAAAACCUCUUUAUUGACACCAGAAGAAUAAAAAAAGGCUGAAGAAGCCAAGAAAGCUGAAGAAGCUAAAAAGGCUGAAGAGGCUAAGAAAGCAGAAGAGGCUAAAAAGGCAGAAGAAGCUAAAAAAGCGGAGGAAGCUAAAAAAGCUAUAGAUGCAAAGUCCAAGGAAGAAGAAUAAAAAAAAAAAGAAGAAUAAGAAAAAAAAAAAAAAGAAGAAAAAAAUUAGAACUUUGGCAAUGGAUAAGACGAUGAAUAAGAAAGAAAUAAAAAGGCUGAGUAUUAAGAGUGUUUAAAAGAUGAAUGUGCAUAAUAUCUUAAAGAUUGCAAUGAAGAUUGUGUAAACAAAUUGAUAGGUUGUAAAUAAAAAGCAAUCUAUGAGGGCCUUGAUGCUGUAAUAAUUUUAUAAUAAUUUUAGUAUAACCAAUGUGUUAAAAACAAUGAAAAGGCAAAUUCUUUGGUAAAAUGCAUUCAUAUUAAUUGUUAAGAAUGA